UAAUAAUAAAAAAAAUAGAGCAGCGUAAAAACAGGCUUUUCUGUCCAUGAUCAGAUCAACUUAAUCUCAACCGUCGGAUUAAACCGUCAAUUUUCUUUUUCUCUCUCGAGAAACCCUUCUCUGCCUUUAUAAUCCCUCUAGGCUUUUCUCGCAUUCUCUUCAGAUUAUUUCAUUCUUUUUUCAAGAGCAAGGAAUUCGAAGUUCUCUCUAGAAGCUUUUUUUUCCCCUGUCGUACUUUUCAGCGACGGAUUUUGAUUUUUCCGGCCACAUUACCGGUCGGGUUGAAAUGGAUAUGCAGAGAGAAAAUAGUAAAGCAUAGGCGCUGUAAUCUAGCAAGUGCCUUUUUAUUUAUUUUUUUUGUUUGCCAGUAAAUGGGCUGCUUUCAAUCUAAAGUAACAAGACAAUACCCCGGACACGAAGACCCUAUUACUCUCGCUUCACAAACUGCUUUUAGUGUUAGUGAAGUUGAAGCACUCUUUGAGCUAUACAAGAGCAUCAGCAGUUCUGUGAUUGAUGAUGGGCUGAUUAGCAAGGAAGAGUUUCAGUUAGCUCUUUUUAAGAAUAGGAAGAAGGAAAACAUUUUUGCAAAUCGGAUCUUUGAUUUGUUUGAUGCUAAGAAGAAGGGAGUUAUUGAUUUUGGUGACUUUGUUCGAGCACUCAAUGUCUUCCAUCCAAAUGUCUCGCAAGAGGACAAGAUGACUUUUGCAUUUAAACUUUAUGACAUGGAUGGAACGGGUUUUAUCGAGCGGAAUGAGGUCAAGCAAAUGCUGAUUGCACUUUUAUGUGAAUCUGAAAUGAAGUUAGCUGAUGAAACCAUUGAGGCAAUACUUGAUAAGACAUUCUUGGAUGCCGACAUUAAUCAGGAUGGAAAGAUAGAUAUAGCUGAAUGGCAAAACUUUGUCUCCCGUAAUCCAUCAUUGUUGAAAAUCAUGACCCUCCCAUACCUUAGGGAUAUAACAACAACAUUUCCAAGCUUUGUUUUUAAUUCUGAAGUAGAUGAGGUCGCCACGUGAUUGGGGGAGUAUGUGCUUGGGUUAGCAUGUUCAUGCAUUGGAUUGAAAGACAUUUCUGCAUGAUUUGUUGACAUCGAGCGUCUUUAUAUGAUGAAAGUAUGGUUAGAUUUUGUUGCAAGGCUAAAGCUAUCAAGAUUGCAAAGGAUAGCAGCUAAAUAUUCACUAGGAUGGCUAGUUGAUUGUAUAGGCAUUGUAAUUAACCUUUUCAGGUGUUCUCCAUUUUUAAUCAUUGUUUUGUAGCAAGGUAAUAUCAAUUCAGCAGUAGAUUAGUGUUAAUUCA